AUGAUUAAAUUCCCUUCCCCACACGAUCGUGUACUUCCACAUAAAAUUAAAGUUACCUUUCCAGACGACGGUUCAGCGAGAUCAGAUACUCUUGAUCGAGUAAUAGGCUCUCACCCAGCCAUCUAUGGCCAGUUGGCUGGUGCUUACUAUGGCUGGCCAAUGAUUCCAGAAAAUUGGCGGAGACAGUUGUAUGCCAAUGAACUGAUUACUUGUAUUGGCCAUUGGUUACAUUGUAUUGGAGAAGAACAGUCAUUCAUUGGACAGUCAUCUCCUAGUGAACAUAAGUCUCAAAAUGAACGGCAAGCUGUCAGUGAACAACUAGCUAUCAGCGAACGAUCGCUCCUCAGGGGGCAGCAACCUCAGAAUGAGCAGCAAUGUGCCAGUGAAGAAAAGCCUCCGAAUGAGCAGCAAUCUGUCAGUGAGGAAAAGCCUCCAAAUGAACAGGAAACAGAAAAAGUAGGUGAGAAAAGGCAUAUAGCCAAAGCGAAUACUGGAUUUCCACAUAAACUACUAAGUACCUUGAAAUCUUUACGGAGUGGAGUACAAAAGAAUACAGUUGCUAGUGUUCAUAGCGACAAUAAUUUGAAUUUGCGUCGGCUUCCCACUAGCGCAAAUCAACCACGAAUUCCACAAGACAAUCUAUAUGUUGUUCAAAAUCGCGACAAUAAAAGUGAAAACAUCGGCACAGCUAGUCAGCGAGUUUCAACUCCCGGGUUACCCAGCCGUUGCAGAAGCACAGGAAUAAAAACGAAAAAAUUAUAG